AUGUCUCUGGCUAAUGACUUCUACCUGCGCUACUAUGUAGGGCACAAGGGAAAGUUCGGACAUGAGUUUCUGGGGUUUGAAUUUUGGCCAGACAGGAAGCUUAGAUAUGCCAACAAAUGCAAUUACAAAAAUGAUGUUAUGAUCAGAAAAAAGGCAUAUGUCCACAAAUGUGUAAUGGAAGAACUAAAGAGAAUUACUGGUGACAGUGAAAUGACAAAAGAAGACGAUGCUUUGUGGCCACCACCUGACCGGGUUGGCCGGCAGGAGCUUGAAAUUGUAAUUGGAGGUGAACACAUUUCCUUUACCACAUCAAAGGUGGGUUUUCUUAAGGUUGUAAAUCAGUCAAAAGAUCCCAAAGGCCUUUGA